AUGGGCGACCAAGCAUCUGACGCGCCUUCAGCGGCGUUCUUUUGCCCUGUUCCUUUCCUGGUUGACAAGAACUACUUGGCGGAACUGCGUCGCCGAAUCGUCGGAAGUCCUUUCCUUAAACCACUAGCUGACGCUAUAGAGGAGACCCCAGCGAUAUGGGAACUGUUAGCGAACGAAAAAAGGGCCCAGCAUGUAGCAGUUGGUGAUCGCGGCGCGGAAUUCGCUAGAGCGUUUGCCAAAUGGAUCGCAGAAGGGGAGACAGGCGUCAUCGCCAGCCAGCCUUCCACCGUCGUCAGCUUCCCACUCCUUCUCCUGACUGGACUCUGCCAAUGGUGCUCGUAUUUGGAGCUGUCAGGUCAGACACAGGCCGAAGUCCUUGCUGCACUCGGGGCUGGUGGAAUCCAGGGUUACUGCGGCGGCAUGCUGAGCACAAUCGCUGUAGCGAGUUCGGCGAAUGAGGAAGAACUUGGCCAAAGAGCUGGGAACUUCUACCGAACAGCUUUCCUAAUGGGUGUUUACAUGUCGGAAGGCGAGACUGGCCCCCCGGAGAACGCGCCCGACAUGUUGAUCGUGCGUUUGAAGCACCCGGGCCAGGAUAAGGAACUCAUGGAGCAGUUUCCAGGGAUCUACGCUUCAGCAACCACAAACCCCGUGACAAUUUGCUUUGCCGGAAGAAAGUCUGAGCUUGCGCCUUUAAAGGAAUACGUCGCAGCAAACCGCAUGUUCUCGAUCCAGACUUAUCCAACUGGCACAGGCCACGACCCCAGAAACGCCCGAUACUUGGAUGAUAUGCUAGCCAUUGUCGCCGAGAACAAGUCUUUUCAUCUACCGGGCGCCGAAGCUCUCAAUGUUCCGGUCCAGUCCAACUGGGAUGGAGAGCGUCUGCUGGAGGAGACGCCGAGCGAGCUGACAAAGAAUGUCCUUGGCAAUAUUUUGUGCGGCCGGUGUGAAUGGUAUAAGGUGGUUGAGCGGGUAGCCAAAAGAAUUCGUGAGGACAGCAAUGAGUCUUCGCACUCCCUGCUGCUCCUUGGAGGCUACGACUGUGUUCCAGUUGAGCCAUUCCACCAGGCAUCGUUGAAGAUUGCCAAAAUCGACGUUGUCUUGACGUUUAGAGAGGUUGCACAGAAACGUGCCGAGCUUGCCAGCUACGGUGACGACGCAGUCGCCAUUGUCGGCUCGGCAUGCCGCCUUCCUGGCGCCAACAACCUAGAUGAGCUGUGGCAGAUUCUUGAGAAGCGUGUUUCUACAUGCGAAGAAGUCCGUCCCGAUCGAGUGCCCAUUUCUGGGAGCUACAGGGCGUCACUCGAUCCGAAGUUCACCGCAUCACGCAAGUGGUUUGGCAACUUUAUCGACAACGUGGAUCAGUUUGAUAACGAGUUGUUCGGUCUCAGCCAUUCCGAGGCAGCCUGGAUGGAUCCGCAACAACGAAUCCUUCUCGAGCUUGCCUACGAAGCAUUGGACUCCUAUGGUCACCUGGGCCACCGAUCAUACAGCAGGGAAGCGGGCCAUAACAUCGCUUGCUUCAUUGGCGGCACACUCAUUGAGUACAACGAGCAUACAUCCACCCACGCGCCUACAGCGUAUUCUGCUAUUGGCACGAUGCAGGCGUUCCAAUGCGGCCGUAUCAGUCACCACUUUGGCUGGUAUGGUCCGUCCGAGACCAUUGACACAGCCUGUUCCAGCUCUCUGGUUGCUAUCAGUCGAGCUGUGGCUGCGGUUCGGGCGGGCGACUGUUCCAUGGCUGUGGCUGGCGGCGCAAAUAUCCUUGGGGGUAUCAACUACUAUUUGGAUCUUGCCAAAGCCCGUUUUCUGAGCCCUACGGGCCAAUGCAAAGCCUUCGAUGUCUCAGCAGACGGAUACUGCCGCGCAGACGGAGCCGGUCUCGUCGUCUUGAAGCGUUUGAAAGACGCUGUCGCCUCUGGUGAUGAGAUUCUUGCUGUAAUCCCCGCGGCUGGCACGAAUCAGGGUGGGCUGUCCAAGUCCAUCACGCUACCGGACGGAAAGGCACAGCAGCAGUUAUAUCAGCGUGUUGUUCAGUCGGCCGGUCUCCAACCCAAAGAUAUCUCGUAUAUCGAAUGCCAUGGGACAGGCACACAGGCUGGGGACCCCAAUGAAAUUGGUGGCCUUCGUGCUGUGUUUGGUGACGCUAAUCGCGACAAAAAACUUUUCGUCGGCUCAGUCAAGGGCAAUGUUGGCCAUGCCGAGGCCGCUGCGGGUGUUACCGGUUUGAUGAAGGUAUUGGCGAUGUUACGCGAAUCCAAAAUCCCACCUCAGGCUAGCUUCGAGAACAUCAACACGAACAUUGGGUCCUUGGAACCCUGGAACAUGGCCAUCCCGUCCGGAGCUGUGCAGCCGUGGGAUGCGCCCGGUAACGUACGCAGGGCUCUCGUCAACUCAUACGGCGCAGCCGGAUCAAACGCCUCGCUUGUGGUCUGCCAGUCUCCUAGCGCACGACCGAAGAGUGCUUGGUGGCUGGACCGUAAGAAGAGAAAAGACAAGGAGCCCAUCACUAGCUUGCCUCUCCUUGUCACGGCAGCUAGUCAGGCCAGUCUAGCAGGCAAUUGUCGUGCUUUAGCCGACAUGGUGCGAUCUGAGAAGCCCGACGUAGGGAAACUUCUCUGGACCCUGAGCGAGAAGAGACAGCGCCAUCGGUACCGCACCGUACUGCCUGUUAACAACAUCGGAGACCAUGAGGCGUUGGCCGCUGCUCUAGAUCAAGCAGCAUCGUCACCCACUCAGGUGCCACCCAAGGCAAAGCGCAUGGUACUUGUCUUUGGAGGCCAGUCACAGCGCACUGUUCGUCUUGAUAAUCAUCUGUACAACACUACUCCACAGUUGCGGCGCCACCUGGCCGAGUGUGAUUCUAUCCUGAGCGAACUAGGCUAUCCACCCGUCGUAGAUGACGUUCUUAACCAUGACAAGGUUGAUCAGAACGUUCUCCUUUUGCAGACAGCGACUUUCGCGAUCCAGUACAGCUGUGCCAAAACCUGGGAGGAUGCGGGCUUGCACAUUGACGCUGUUGUUGGACACAGCUUCGGCGAGCUUACAGCCUUGGCAUUUUCCGGGGCUCUCAGUUUGCGUGAUGGAAUCCGCAUUGUUGCCGAACGUGCUUCGCUUAUGCAGACGGCCUGGGGUGAAGAAAAAGGCAAGAUGUUGGCGGUGCAUGCACCUCUUGACACUGUCAAAUCUCUCAUUGACCAUGUCAAAGGUCUUGAAAUUGCUUGUUUUAAUUCAUCAGGCAGUUACGUCGUUGUGGGCACUACAAGCGAAAUUGAACGGGCUGAGGCGGUCGUGGCCGAAAAGUUCAAGGGCACGCGCUGUCAGCAUGUCGAUGUAACGCACGGCUUUCACUCCAAGUUUGUUGACGAUCUCCUCCCGGGUCUUGAGAAGCUGGACGAUUCUCUCGAGUUUCAAAAGCCCCGUAUCCGCCUGGAGUUGUGUACAUCUGAAGCACACGAGAACGAGCCGCACAAUGGCCACAUUGGAAGACAUGCUCGCAACCCCGUUUUCUUCACGGCAGCCAUUACGCGACUUGCGCAGAGCCUUGGGCCCAGUGUCUGGUUAGAGGCCGGAACCGAUUCGCCGAUCAUUCCCAUGGUGAAGCGGGCCGUGACGGACGCUGGCACGCACGCCUUCUUCCCCAUCAACUUCAAGGCCGCUCGUAAACCUGAGACAGUCAUCUGCGACACCACCAUCGGCCUUUGGCGCGCUGGAGUUGAUGCAACUUACUGGCCGUGGAUUGGGGCAACCGGUUUGGAGGCGAUCAAACUCCCGGUAUAUCAAUUCUCGCGCAAAUCCUUCUGGACUCAAUGGGUUGAUCACCCUGUCGAGCUCCAGAAACGCCUUGACGAGGCUCUUCAACAACAACAACAGCUUCCCGCUCCGGUUACAACCGCAACUUCAUCGUUCAGGCUAAUUUCUCCUUCGCCGCUCGAGUCAAAUCGCUUUACUGUCAACGUUAACAGUAGUCGUUUCCAACAACUUGUCCGAGGACAUGCCGUUUGUGAUCAACCCAUGUGCCCUGCCUCUAUGUAUAUGGAGUGUGUGGGCAUGGCCGUCCAAAUUCACGAGUCAAAUGGGAAACGCGAGUUCCCUGGAGCCGGCGCGGCACUACACUUCGGCAGUUUGGCUUUCAAUCACCCGCUGACUUUGAGUCCCGACCUUCAGGUUUCAGUCCUGCUGGAUUUGGAAGCUGGCCACGACCGAUCAUGGACAUUUGCCAUUGAGAGUACGCGCAUCAACCAAUCUGAUCGACCUACAGUCCAUGUCCGUGGAGUUGUCGCUCUUGUGCCAUCGGCCGAUAUGCGACAUGUUAAGACCCUUCUUGGCGAUCGCACUGCGCAAUUAAAGGCGCAUCCUGACGCCGAGACCAUUCUAUCCCGGCGUGUGUACACUUUGUUUGGGACCGUGGUAGACUAUUCCCACGUCCUGCGUGGUAUCGAGUCUCUGACAUUGCACGGAAACUGGGCUGUUGGAAUCAUCAAGUCCCCCAAGCAACUCGUGGCACAACACGAGACGGAAAGUUCUGUCUUGGACCUGGCAGACGCAGCAAUUGCCGACAACUUUGUACAGGUACUUGGGCUGGCUAUCAACACGAGCGAGCACGUACCUCAAGGCUCGGCGUUCCUCGUUUCAUCCAUUGACAGCUUUACUCUCUCCCCAGGCUGCCGCCUUCUGAACAACACGGGCUCGUGGACCGUGACGAGCCAUUUUAAUGCCGAAAAGAAUGCCAAAGCUAUCACUGGAGAAAUCUAUGUUACCGACGAGCUCGGUGACGUAGUCGCAUCCGUUCUUGGGGUUCGCUUCUCGUUGGUUCAGCUGAGCGCUCUUCGCCGGGUGCUCGACUCUUUGGCCGGCGGUCCGAAGACAAAGCUGCCGCCGUAUGCCUCUGAAGUCUUUCAACCAGCUGCGCCGCUUCAAAGAGAUUAUAUCAGUCAAAUCAGCACUGCGCCUUCUACAACCUUGCAGGCUUCGCCUGCAAAGCAGAUAGCUCAUCAACCUCAAGUACCGACAUCACCUCACCCUGUCUCUGCACCUCCAACGCGAGCUACGGAAGAGCCCAAGGCAAAAUCGCAAGGCUCCAACCUCGACGCUGUGCUACUGGUGCGUGACAUUGUCGCGAGAUACACUGGCGCCGUGGCCGGUGAGAUGCCAGGUGAUUCGACCAUGACUGAACUGGGAAUCGACUCUCUCGCCAUUGUUCAGUUCGCAGAUGAGAUUGACAAUUUGUUCAAGAAACAGUUUGCGACCGACGACCUAGGCAACAUGACCCUUCAAUCUCUGAUCGACGCCUGCGGCACCGGUAGCAUCAGCCCUUCCGUUGCCUCGAGCACCAGUGACAGGGCCUCCGAAGUCACGGCUGAUACCGCGUCUAGCGAAGAAUCGUUUGACCUCAUCAGCAAGACGGAGACGGUUGUGGUAAAGGAUGUUGACGGAGUGAGCGUUGAAGUGGAUGUGCACAUGCCAACAGUGCAAGGCUCGAGGCCCUUGGGUGUGGACUAUAUCAUUGCUAACCUGUCUUCUGUUGCAGCCAUCCUCGUUCAUGGUGGAGGACAUAUGGCUCUGUCCAAAGCCACCAUCCCCUCUUCAGCCAUAACUGCCCUUUUAAAGAGCGGGUUUCUGACAAUCAGCGUGAACUACCGCUUGUGUCCUGAGGUAAACUUAGUCGACGGUCCAAUGGCCGAUAUUGUUGAUGUAUAUCGAUGGGUGUUUGAGAAGUUGCCUUCGUUCGCCGGUAACAACGGCCUCUCUGUUGACCCUCGCAAUGUCGUCGCUGUAGGCUGGUCGAGUGGUGGCCACCUGGCGAUGGCUCUCGACUGGAUGAGCCGAAUCGCCGGCUUGCCCACGCUGAAAGCAGUUCUCACGUUUUACGCCCCUGUUGCCUGGGCAAGCGGCUCGACUCAUGAACAGUCUCCGCGCAAUGUCCUAUCGGAAGAGGUCAAAGGUGCCCUAAGACCGUUGAUCAAGAGGUCAACUAGAAAGCCAAAAACGCAGUAUGACGAUAUCUUGAAGCACGGAUUUUCUACUGACUACUACUCAUUCAAAUGGGCCAGAGAGGACGAUUUACGCUCGCAACUUAUUUGCGCUGCACUUGUGCCUGGACACUGUUUGCCCCUAUUGAUGCGAGGCAUACCAGCACGCAACGAAGACAGCGAUAUUGACGCGUGUUUACAGCCUGUGCAUGCUGAACAUCUCGAAAGCAUCUGUCCUCUUACGCAUGCUUUGAGAAAAUCAUACCGCACCCCUACCUUUAUGAUCCAUGGUGUUGAGGAUGACAUUGUACCGUUGGCUUCUGCGAUAGAGCUUUACGACGCCCUGUGCGCAGCCGGCGUGCCAUGCCAGCUCCUCCCAGUCGAGAAUGCAGGACAUACAUUCGAUUACGGCUUAAAGUACGGCGACGAAACUUGGCAGGCGACGGUAGCUCCGGGAUUUGCAUUUUUAACUUCGCAGGCCUUCUUGUAA